AUGGAUCGAGGUGAAUGCAAUUCCGAUCCUGCUCCGAUUCGUAGAAAUGUCCGUCCGAACUUCGCUGAGGAUGUAUAUGGAGAGAAAGCGUCUAGCUUAGGUUCUGCUGAAGAAAACUCUGAAUAUUGUGAUUCUUCUUUAGCCCAUCGGCGCCAGGUAUCUCUUUUGAAAUUAAAGCAGCCAACAGGUGCUAUAACUGUAAAUAAUGAAAAUACUCAUACAUCUAAUCAUCCUGAAAACGGCCCAGAAUCGAGUGAGGGUGACUUGGAAUUCAUGUACAACGAUACAGAUGUUAUCACAAAUGAAUUGGCGGAGCUCUACAGUUACUCAGAACUUGAAGAUUUUGCCAAAAACUUUCAUUGUUGGAGAGUUUAUGCUGACGAAAAACAAAUUGAACCUCCCUACUUAUUCACUUCCCUUCCUGAAUCACGUAAAAAAAGUAUUUUCCUUGAUCUCUGUUGUCGCAUAGAAUGUGCUGAUGCUCACAUCAGACUGUCUAGCUCACGAAUAAUCUUAUACAUCUUACAAGGAGCUUUUGCUGAUUUCAUUGAUGAGGAAGAUAUGGAGGCUGGUGUACCCACAAUGGCUCCAGUUGAUCGUGGUACUGGGGGGUUUGAAAUGGAAUGUGUGAGACAAGCUUUCUCUAAUGUUCACCUUGCUUAUACUUGCGGAGUUUAUCAAGCUUUGUGCUCCUUACUUCUCGCUGAGAUGAAUGAACCUUUUGACUGUGGUCUUCCCCUUGAUGGAAGAAUUUCUAAAGCAAGUAGCAGAGAUAGUAGGAACGCCAGCAAUUGCGAUUUGUCUGAUAAUGAGAGGAAAAGAAGAACCGCCACUUUGGCGGAUAAUGAAAGUCUCAGAGUUGUGUUGUCAUCCCUCUAUCAUAUGGUUGAACUGAUGCGCAAUGAUGAACUAACAUCUUCCUCUUCUAACCCUCAAGCUUCUGUCAAACAAAAAGAAUUCAUCAGUGAAUUAGAGGAACCACUCGACAACUAUCAGAAGCCUCUGAUUUCCGUUUUGUUCGAGAUGAUGCCUGUCUUCUACACAGGAAACAGUCCUCACUACCCAAUGAAAAAAGUGUUUCUUCUUAUUUGGAAAGUGCUUCUGGCUACUCUUGGAGGAUGGAAGAAGCUUGAUGCUAUGAAGAAAGCUAAACGAACAGAGAAAGGGCUUCCAGUAUACGAGAACAACAUUGAUGUAGCUCAAGCGAUGCCUGCAACAGUCAUUAGUGAUGGAGAUAAUGGAGCUCGAAUGGCUCCCAAAAGAAGUGCUUCCCGGUUAGGAACCUUCUCUUUGGCGAGACAAUCUGCUUGUUCUGGAAGUGAAGAGACUAAAGAUGAAGAAGAAAACAUUGAUCAGUUAAUCGAAGAUGCAUUGAACAACCAGCAGUCAAAAAGUGAUCGACAGAACAGUGGUGAUCGAACCCCUAGGGCCGGGUCCCCCGCUUUAAGUGUUCCUCCCAAGAAGGGAUUGCCAUGGAAAAGCAAAGUCAACAAUGCCGAGUUGGAUAUUUUCAUCCAAUCGUUAAGACAAAAGUUCUUCAAUUUCAAAAUUCCCGGUGACACAACUACGAUGUUUGGAUUUCCUCCACCAAUCAUAAGGAGUGUUAAUGUACUUCGUCAGCAUAUCUAUACUUCGCUAUCAGAGUUGCAGGCCAAAACUGAUAAAGAUUUCAAUAGAUAUCUGUUCUCGACUACAGAAAAGAUUGAAUUGACCAGUACGGAGAACCUAUAUCGUCUGCUCCUUCCUAAUCUCAGCCAAUACGUAGUUGCCAUUCUGAAAGUUCUCCUUGCUGCGGCUCCUUCGAACAAAGCCAAGAGCGAUGCACUGAACAUCUUAGUUGAUGUCUUGACUCCCGAGACUGACGGAAGCGAUGUGCUUUCCAACUCUAUUAGUUUAGAUAAUUCGUCCAGUAGUCCGCUAGAGGAUAGUGUUAGGCUUGCCAUAGACAUUCACAGACACAAAGAGAUCCUGGUGAAAGCUUCUUCAUCAAUUCUCCUUUUGUUGUGCAAACACUUCAAGUUGAAUCACGUUUAUCAGUUUGAAUACCUCUGUCAGCAUGUUGUAUUCGGUAAUGGUAUUCCUUUGUUGCUCAAAUUCCUCGAUCAAAACAUGACUCGACACAUUCAAUCAAGAUAUGAAAUCCAUGCUUAUAACUAUCCACAAGCCGUCCUUCACUAUGUGAGGAACAGAGAGGAAUGGCCAACUUUGAAUCCGGAUAAUGUAGAAGAGAAUCCGAUGAAGGAACAACGCGGAACAUAUUACAUGUGGAGAAACAUAUUUUCCUCUAUCAAUAUCGUUAGGGUGUUGAACAAACUUGUGAAAGCUAAGCAAUCGCGAGUUAUGAUGCUCGUUGUAUUCAAAUCUGCUCCAAUCUUGAAAAGAUCUCUGAAAGUUAGGCUGGGUAUUUUCCAAUUUUAUGUUUUGAAAGCUCUGAAGAUGCAAUCGAGAUAUCUCGGGCGGCAAUGGAGACGUACCAACAUGGACAUCAUAUCUGCAAUUUACAACAAAGUCCGCCAUAGGUUGACAGAUGAUUGGGCGUAUGCCAGCGAAAUGAGAAAGUCGUACGACUAUCAUCCUGAAGAGAAUGAGUUGAAAGCCGAUGUCGAGCGUUUCCACAGUCGACGUUACGGACGUAUUUAUCCCCAAUUUGCGAUAGAAGUUAGCGAUGCUCCAAUGCCUGGUGAUGAUUAUCUCAAUCGUGUGGACUUGAGAGAGUUCGAACCAGUGGACUCUUGUUUCCAUUCUGUACUUGGAGUCAAGCCGGAAUUGGGGGAUAAAUUCGUCAAACACUACUCGAUGUGGGUCGAUGAAGAAGUAAUGAAAAGGGACGUUGAUUGGGACAAGCUACUGAUGAACACUAGAGGAAUCUAUAGUGAUCAUCAUAGAGACUGA